AUGCUUAAAUUUCGAAGUAUCUGUACUACCUUAAUUGGUGGUAAGGUUUAUAAUAUAAAUGGUAAGACGAUUAGAGAAGAGAAAUUAAUUUCUGAAGGAGCUUAUUCAUUUGUUUAUAUGGCAAAAGAUCUGAACACGAAUAAAUCAUAUACUAUAAAGAAGACUAUAUGUCAAGAUAAAGAAAAAAUAAACAUGGCUAAAAAAGAAAUAGAUAUAUUAAAAAGUUUACCUCCUCAUAAAAAUAUAGUUCAAUAUUAUGGAUCAACUAUUAUUUCUGAGAAUAAUUACAAAAUAGUUAUUAUGUUAAUGGAAUAUUGUGAGAGAGGAAAUUUAUUAAAUAUCUUUGAAAAAAAUAAAGAUAAGAUUAAAGAAAUUCAUAUUGUAAAUAUAUUAAAAGAUAUAAUUACAGGUUUAUAUUUUUUACAUAAUCAAGAAAUUCCAAUUAUACAUCGAGAUAUUAAACUCGAAAAUAUUUUAUGUGAUAAAAAUGGUGUAUAUAAAAUUUGUGACUUCUGUUCACAUUCUAUAAGCAAUUCUUUUUUUCCUAAUGAUUUAAACAAAACAGAAUUAAAUAAAUUAAAAGAAGAAAUUGAGAGAGAUACGACAUUAAUAUAUAGACCUCCUGAAUUAAUUGAUUUAUAUUCAAAUCUUGAAAUAUCUUGUAAAAUAGAUAUAUGGAUGCUUGGUUGUAUAUUAUAUCUACUUCUUUUUAAAAUACAUCCUUUUCAAAAUAAUAAUUUCUUAUCAAUUAUUAAUGCUAGUUUUACUAUUCCUUAUUCAACAAAAUAUUCUAAACGAAUUAUCUCUAUUUUGCUAAUGACUCUAAAUAAAAAUCCAAAAAAUCGAAUUGAUACCCCUACUCUUUUAUUUAUUCUUGAAAAUUAUGCAGACCUAAAAAAAUGGUUUGCUUACAUACCAGCAGACAUCAAAAAAAGAGUUAACGAAAUUUUUGAAAAAAUGAAUGAACUCAAUAUUAAUAAUAAACACAGUGAUCUUAUUGAGGUUAGUCAUGAGAAACUAAUUGAUGUUAAAAUAUCGUCACAAAAAUAUGAAUCCAAGGUUCCAAAAUGUAAUAAUAAUUUUCUGAAGUUUUUUACCACCAGUAAUUUAAGUGGUGAUAUUUUUAAAAAAAAAAUGGUAACUGAUCAGAAUAGGAAGGAAGACAAACAGGUUAAGCACAAUGAAGGUGAUGAAACCGAAAAAGUUGCAAAUAAUAAUAAUAAAAAGGAUAUAUUAAAAGGUGAUGAAACCGAAAAAGUUGCAAUUAAUAAUAAUAAAAAGGAUAUAUUAAAAGGUGAGGAAGCCAGCAAAGUUGCAAAUAAUAAUAAUAAAAAGGAUAUAUUAAAAGGUGAUGAAACCGAAAAAGUUGCAAAUAAUAAUAAUAAUAAUAAUAAUAAUGAUAUAUUAAAUGAUGAGAUAACCAAUAAUGUAGCAAUUAUGGAUGAUACUGUCAAAUUACCGAAUGAUAAUAUUAUUAACAAUGCAGGUAAUACAAUGGAUAACAAUAAAAACAACAAAUCUGAUGAAAUAUUAGAUAAUAUUGUAAAUUCAAUUGAUAUAAAAAAUUCCGUACCUGACCAGUCAGAAAAUAAAUCAACUAGCCAUUCAUACAAUUUAAUAACAAUUGAAUCUAAAGAAACAUUAAUUAUUGAUCAUAUGGAUUACAAUCCCGUUGGCGAUAAAAUGAACAUGGAUUUUUCUUUUCAGGAUACUUUAUGUAUAAAUGAAAAGAAAAGCAUGAAUAGUUUUUCUAAUGAUUUGAAUGAUAUAAAAGUGGAAAGAGAUAUUCAAAAGGGUGAUUAUUCUGAAAAUAUUCAGGUUGUAAAAAAUAAUAAUGAUGUGCAUCAAAAGGAUUUGAAAGAAGUUGAUGAAGGCACCAAUUUGUUAAGUCUUGAUGUGUUUAAUUGUGAGGAAGAAACGAAUGAUUUAAAAAAUAAAAAGGAAGGAGAUUAUAUAAAGCAAAAUUGUAGUGAUUUUAUAAAUCAAAAUUGUAGUGAUUUUAUUUAUUGUGAUACCCAUUUAAAUAACGAUAUAAAUUUGUUUGAUGUGAUUCAAAAUAAUGAUUUAAAAAAGAAGGAAGAGUUUUUAAAUAUAAACACAAAUAAUGAGUAUGAUAAAAAUACAACAACUUGUAGUAACGAAUAUUAUAAUAUCGGUUUAUUUUACGACCCUUGGAAUAAUAAUACAAAGGAUAAUAAUAUCAUUGGAGGUGAUAAUUAUUGUGUAAAUAAAAAUAAUUUUAUAUAUAACAAUGAUUUGUUUUUCGACAAUUAUGAAUUGUCUACAACUAAUAAUAUAGAAAAGAAGAAUCAUGAUCUUAAAAAUAAUUGUAUGGAUAUAAAUAAUAAUAUAUUUUCUAAUAAGAAUUAUUAUGAACAUGUAGACAAAAAAGAAAAAAAUAUUUCAUAUGAAUAUAAUAUGAAUCACCAUUCCAUAUAUUCUUCAUAUAAAAAUGAAAAAAGAUGUAAUUUAAAUGACAUAAAACAAAAUAACAAUAAUAAUAAUAAUAAGAAUAAUUCUAAAUAUAUUGUAUCAGACAAAAAUGAUAAGUUUUCAGAAUUAUUGGAAGAAUUUCAAAAAUGUUCCAUUAAAUGA